CCCAGAGCAUUCGUCCUUCGCUUCGCACGAAUUUCGCUCGAUAUUUUCGUUACGUAUUCCCAUCAAUGAAAAGUUAAUAAUUCAAGCCCCCCAAAAUGUUUCUAAGCCGCGUUUGUUGUUUGCGGGGUGUUAUUCGGAAUAGGAACCUGUUGAUGCCGGGUGUGAGCGUACCUAAAAGUCGUGUGAUUUCAUCGGUGAUUAGAUUUCCACCGCUAGCACAGCAGCAUCCGGUCGGGCAGCAAACGCAGGAUGGAUUUCAGAUCGCCGACGAAAACAUUCAAAAGUAUUUGGAGAAUAUUCGCUUGGAAUACUACUCGCUGAAGGUUUCCGAUCAGCUGAACAAGCAGGACAUCAAACGGUUGGCACUGUUGUCCCAUGUGGUGGAGAUGUACGAGCAAAGACGUAUAAUCAUGGAUAAUCUGAAUUCGCUGCAGGAGAUGAACUCCGAAAAGGACGAAGAUAUGCUGCAGUUGAUGAAGGAGGAAAAAGAGGCAUACACUAACAUCCUCACCAAGUUGGAUGGCGAAAUCAUGGAUGGCAUUUUGUUGAUGGACGACGAAGAAGAUUUCAACUCCCUUAUUUUGGAAGUGGUAGCUGGAGUUGGAGGCCAAGAAGCAAUGCUAUUUACUCGGGAAAUAUUCGACAUGUACUGUGGCUUCAUCGACCACAAGGGAUGGGAAAUUGAAGUAAUUGAAACGGAGGAUACCGAACUGGGUGGAAUCCGUCAUGCAUCCAUUGUCGUUCAUGGCAGGGAUGCCUAUCGUUAUCUGAAGUUCGAAGCCGGUGUCCACCGGGUGCAACGAGUUCCCAGCACGGAAAAAUCCGCCCGAAUACAUACCAGCACUGCAACCGUAUCGGUCAUUCCUAGACCGGACGAAUUUAAAAUCGAGCUCAAAGAUAAAGACUUGAAGAUUGAAACCAAACGUGCCAGCGGAGCUGGUGGUCAACACGUCAACACCACGGACAGUGCCGUUCGAAUAGUGCACAUCCCCUCCGGGGUUGCGGUUGAAUGCCAAACGGAGCGCUCGCAAGGGAAGAACAAAGAAAUCGCCAAACAGAAACUUUUAGCCAAGCUGACCCAGCAGGAACUGGAAAGCAAAUUCAACGCCACUCAGUCGAUGAAAAAGUCCCAAGUGGGAUCCAGUUUGAGAAACGAAAAAAUCCGUACUUAUAACUACAACCAGGAUCGCAUUACCGAUCACAGAAUCGACGGAGGAACCACCCACAACUUGAAAGCAUUCCUCGAAGGAGGUCCUCAGCUCGAAGACAUGAUCGCAAAGUUGCAAACCAUGCAUCGGCAAAAGCAAUUGAUGGACAUUAUUAACAGUACCAUAGAAGCUAAGUAGACAAUACACACCAACCUAGUCGUGAUUCAGAUUAUUCUCCAUUAAAAAAAAAGUCAAACCAUCAUGUUAACUCGUUCAAACCUA